UUUCUUAAUUCUAAUUUCUGGAUAAAUGGAACUUCACUGUGGUAAGCUUCGAAUCCAAAUCAAUGUAUAAAGAUUUGUUGUUUAUGAAAUUCGAUUCUAUAAACACAUGUGUACGUUCUCUUUAAGUUGAUAAUGCAUGCCGUUAUCGAAAUUCAGGUUAAAAUAAUUAUCAGUCAAGUAUUAUCGAUUGCUGAAUGUACAAAUAUUACUAAAUCGAAUCAGAAAGAUUUUGCUAGACCAUUCCUUGACUUGUUCGAUGUCCAUUCUUAUAAACAUAGCUUCUCACUAUAUUCGUUCUAUAACUUCAAAAUGUCGAAACCUCUGCUUGGAUAUUGGGAUCGACGUGGCGUUGCUGAACCUAUUAGAUACCUUCUUCAUUUCAGAAAUGUAGAUUUUGAAGAAAAGAGAUAUGGCAUCGGGACAGGCGAAUGGUGGAAUGAGAAGUUUAAUUUGGGAUUAGAUUUCCCAAAUUUGCCUUACUUGAUAGACGGUGACAUCAAACUCACGCAGAGUAUCGCCAUCCUUCGUUACUUGGGGCAUAAGUUUGGCUUGGAUGGCAAGAAUGAGCAGCAAAUAAUCAGAGUGUUCUUGGCUGAGCAACAGAGCGUUGAUUUUCGAGCGAAAUUCAGAGCUUUUGCCCUGACUGACAGGAGCGGGGCUGGAAAAGAUGAAUUUUUCAUAAAUGCCCAACCUGUGUUCAAACAAUGGGAGGCAUUCCUUGGCGACAGAAGGUAUCUGGCUGGCGAUGAUAUCACGUAUGUAGAUUUCAUGUUCUACGAGAAUUUGGACAACUAUAGACUUCUCCAUACCACAAUUUUGGAUGAAUAUCCGCUAUUGAAAACAUUUCAUACCAGAAUAAAGAAUUUGCCGGAAAUGCAGGCAUACUUCUAUCCUCCCAGAUUUAGAAGAUGGCCCUAUUAUUAGCCCUUUGGCUAAAUUUGGCGGUGGUGGUCCGGAACCAAAGCAUGCCUAAUCUUGAACAGUUUUAUUUUCAUGUUUGUAAACUUGAUGUGUUAUUUUUAGAUAGCAUUUAAAUCAAUGGUUUCAAUGCAAUUUGAGUAUAGUAAGUAAUUUUAGUAUUAGUAUUAUUAUCAUUUAAAUAUCAUUUUGAUUUGAGUUUGUGAGACAUAAUUUGAAUAUCAAUAUAUUUUGAAUAUAAUAAAUAAUUUGAAUACCAAUGUAUUUUGAAUAUAAUAAAUAAUUUGAAUACCAAUGUAUUUUGAAUAUAAUAAAUAAUUUGAAUACCAAUGUAUUUUGAAUAUAAUAAAUAAUUUGAAUAUCAGUUUAAUUUGAGUUUGUGAGAAGUAAUUUGAAU